UGAGCUUAUAGUGAUAUGUGCAAACCAUUGUCUUGUUCCAUUCAUUUUCAAAAUUUUAUGAAUUUAAUAUUCCGUUUUGUUAAUAUUUAUUAGUUUUUGCUCGAUUUUUCUCGGCGCUAAUUGCAUUUUUAAUAUUAAACGAAAAAUAUUAAGUUAAGAAUCAUGAUUUUGGAUUCGUUUAUACUUUGAAAGCGACACUUUAGUUGGCUCUGGGUAUCAAAUACAGUAAAAACAAGUACAUUAUGGAAGGUAAACAUAUAUAAAGUUGAACAGCCAUGCAAAGGCUGAAGUGAAGGAUAUGAAGAAGAUCGAGAUGCAGCAGCUGCUAAAAAAAUGAGGUUUUCGGCUGUGCAAGAGGAUGGCUAUGGGGUAGGCUUGGGGCAAGAAACACCACCCAAUAAUGUGGAUGAAAGUAUGAUGGCUGCCACCGGGGACACAGAACCAGGUGGCGAUAUUACUGUAGAGGAAGGUUCCAUGAUAUCCAACCUUCCUCUGCUGUUUGCUAAUGGAUAUCCCACAUCUCUUGAAAAGAUCACACUGCCGGAGCUGGAGCGGUUUAUUGCUUUCAUGGUUCAAUGUUCCUUGGGACAUGAUACAGCAGAAGUUAUCAGCAAACCACAGUGGUGGCCCAAAGAAAUCAAAUUUGCUAAUCCAUUAGUAAGACCCAAGAAAAUCAAUGAAACAUACAUGGGUAAUUUAAAGAAACUCGUUUUCCGGUGUUAUACCUACCAUAGAAGCGAAUAUCUUCUUCGCUUCUGUUCAUAUUUGGCACAAUAUCCACAUGAUAAAUUAGAAUAUGUCAACAAUUGGGAUUAUACUACAAGCUUAUAUUUAAAAACUACAGGAAAACUACUUGUCACUUUUCGCAAUGAAAACAUGAACUAUGACAGGAGACUCGAAGGUCCAAGAAGGAUGCUUUUACCACUAAAUAGAACAAAAAAAAAUUCAAUUAGCACAAAAUGUUUGCGAAGACGCUCGACCCAAAAACAAGCACCUUCUCCAGCUAUGGUUGAACCCCCAAUUGAUGAUAUUUAUCUUUGUGAUAAUUGUGAUGCUGAAUUUGUUGGUUUAUGUAAAAUGAAGGAACAUGAAAAAUUGUGUUAUCAUGUUGAACCUAGACCAAUAACUCCAGAUGCUGAAUUAGUGCCAGAGAUCAAGCAAGAUCAGUUCAUGGAAUAUUUUGAACUGACAACAUCUAAACCAACCGAUGCAAGUCAAAGGAACAAUGCAAUAAGUAGUAAAGAUAAAAAUGUACAGAAUCGUACUACGGGGCGUAUAAGAAGCUCUAUCAACUUAACUCGUUGUCCUACAAUUCCGUUUUCUUCUCCUGCUGGGCUUGCACUUGGCAAAAAGUCUAAGAUGAUGACAGAACUUAUACAGCAGGAACGUCUCGAAAGAAUAGAGAGACAUCUCAAUGCUCCACCUCUAUCCACCUCAUUCAAGCCUAAAUGGUUUAUGAAAACUUACGAAUUUGAUAGAUGGUCCGUUACCUACAAGCCUAAUCGUGAUAAAUCCAUAAAAGUUGAUGAAUAUGCUCAUGAAUAUAAAUUUGCAAACUAUACUGGCAAACCGACAUUGGAUUUACGAUCUCAAUUAUUAUACAUAGCUUGCAGACCAAUUUACGUGAUAGUGACUCGACUUUCAGAUGAAGAACUGGAACAAUUGAAGCGUGAUCCAUCUAGGUAUAGGAGCCCGGAACGCAAGGUACCACGCAUUCGGCCAAGAUCUCCAUCGAUCGAGACCUUCUUCGAGCCCAAUAUAGGAGAAGACCCGAAUCCAAUAGUGAUUGAUCUGGAGACCGAUGAGCCAUCGAUCUUGCCUCCUUCUAAGGCUGUAUUUGACCGAUCUGCAUUGACGACAAUGGCUACGAUUGCAUCUAUGGCGAAGAAAACUUACAGAAAGAACUGUAAUAGGGCUAAACGUUCAAAGCCUUUGAAACCCAUCAUUUUUGUGGACCUCUGUUCCUCUGAUGACGAGAUGCUUGAAGAUGAAGAUUCGAGUCCGUGUAUUUCAACUGAUGAAAAUCGCGAUCCCAUGCGAAGGGCAAAGACAACAUCCACAAUGGAGGUUUGCGUCGAUCCCAAUUUUCUUUGCACUUCUCUUCUUACGCCAAGCAAACUCUGCACUAAGCCAUGUAUUUAUCCAGCUGAUUCAACCAGUGGCUGGCUCACAAAUUUGAACAUUGAUGGGGAUCAGUCACGCAGCUUCUUAAAACACGUAUCAAUCUUCAAGGUUGCUCCUUAAAGAAUCGUUUUCGUACAGUAGAAUAUUUUCUCGCUUACCCGUUCGAUCGGAUGUGAUGGUGUUGACUGCUUUGACAUACUUCAAUCACUUACUUCGAAUACGCCUUCAUGCUAGAUUGAGUCAACGAUUGCUCACCGAUCUUCCGGGACUAAUUGAUCGUUAUUUUAAAAGACAGUUGCUUGGGUCAUUUUAUUUUUAUCGUCAACAAAUCUAUGAUUGUUCACUGAUGGAUAAAGUAAUUUGUUUU